UAUAAAAUCAUCACAAAAAAAUCUUUGAAAAUAAAAGCAUAUAAGAGUAUAAAGCAAUCACAAGCAAAUAAAAUUCAUAGCUUAAUUGAUUCCAAAUCUGAAAUUGAUUGCAAUAUACAAAUGCAAAAGGAAAAUAAUUGUAAAGCUAGUACAUCUAUUACAACUAGAUCAAACAAAGAUGUUUAUACAGAAUGCAAAAAUCAAAGAAUAGUAAAAUCAAUAUGUUAUUUAGAAAUGAAAAAAAAGAAACCAAAAAAAAUGUACCAUAAAAUAAAAAAAUAUAAACAUCAUAUUAAUAAAUUAGGGAAAAAUAAAUAUUGUAAAAAAAUAUUAAAUAAAGAAAAUACAAAUAAGUUUUCCAAAAUUGCAAUGCUUCGUUCAAAGAAAAACGAUAUUAAAAUAAAUAAAAAUAUAGCAAAACAUAAAAACUUUUUAAAUACUAAAAAGUUAACAAUAGCUUUAACAAAAAUAGAUGAUCUUCCUUUAUCUGAAUUAUGUAAAAUAAUUCCAGACUAUGUUGCAAGUAAAUUAAAGAAACAAGAUAAUAAAGGAAUAUAUUAUGAAACAAAAGAUAUCAUAAAAACACAAUGUUGUUCAUACAAACAAUACAGAACUACUGAAUUGAAACAAAAUGAAGAAAUAAAUGUAUUAUAUCAUAAAUCAGUGUUUGAAAAAAAAUGUACAGAAUUCAAAGAAAAUGUAAUAGAAGGAAUUGAUACAAAUAUAACAAAUAUAAAAUUUGAAAGAAAUACAUAUAAAAUAAAUUUAUUAGAAAAUAUUUUAAAAUUUUUUUUAAAAACUAAAGACAAUAUGAUAAAUAGAAGAACACGACAUAAAUUAAAAAUUCAAAAAUUGCAUGAACAUGGGAUAAUAAAAAGUUUAGCAAUAUGUAAUAAAUGUAAAGAAAUUAUUAAUCUUUUACAACAAUUUUCAAAUAAAAUAAAUUUUAUAAAUGAUGAAAAAUUAUGUAUUGAAUGUACAUUAUGUAAUUUACAAAUUAAUUCUUUAUCUCAUUUUCAAGAACAUUUAAUGAAUAUACAUUUAAAAUGUGAAAAAGACAUAUUACUCAAAAAAGAUAAAUUUCCAGUUAUUAUUAUUAAUUUCAAUAAACAAUUAAAUUUAAAUAAUAAUAAUCAAUUUAUUUUUGAAUGCUGUUGUUGUUCAAAAAUAUUUGAUCAUAUGAAUAGUUUUGAAGAACAUAUUAAAAAAUAUCAUGAUUUUAAUUACUGUAUAAAAAAAAAUAAAAAGAGAAACCAAAUAGUUAAAAAUUUUGAAUCAUGUACUACAUUUCAAAAUGAAGCAAAAUUUAAAAAAAAUCAUAAUUUAAACAAAAAUCAUAUUUUUGAUAUUACCACCAAAGCAGUUGAAAUUUCUAAUCUAGAAGAAAAAAUUGACACACAACAUAAUCAUAUAAAUGAGUUUUGUAUUAAUACAAAAGAAAUAAAUUUUAAGAACAAUAUAUAUUAUAAUUCAAAUAAUAAUAAAAAUUUAUUAUCAAAGAUAAAAAUAAAAGAAAAACAGAUAAAUGAUACUCAAAUAAUGCAGAAAAUUCCAAAAAUAAAUAUAAAAAAAUUAAAUAUUGAUGAGAAAUAUUCAAAUAAUAUUACAAUCAUCUCAGAGUCAAAUUCGAAAUCACUUCAAAAUCAAAACUCUAAUUUUUUUAAUGAUUGUUUUAAUCAAAAAUAUAAAGAUAGGAAAUAUAAAAAAACUCAUAUGUCCACACAUGUAAAUAAUUCUCAUGUUGAUAUGUAUAGAGAAAAACAAAAAAUACAAGAAAGUAAAAAUGCAAUAAAAUAUGAAAAUGAUCUAAUUUUGCAAAAUGUAAAUUCUAAAAAUUCUAAAGAUCAUACAAAAACUUUUAAAAAUAAUAAUAUAAUAAAUUCUAUUAUAAAUUUAGAAAAACCAAAUCAAAACAUUUCAAUAUCAGAAAUAAUUGAUAAAAAAAUUAAUGUUAAAAAUGAAAAUAUGGAAUAUGUUAUUAAAAAAGAUAAUAUUAUGAAUGAAAAUGAUGAUUGCAAUUAUAUAUUGAAUAUAAAUCUUACACAAAAAACAAAAGAAGGUAUAAAAAAACAAAAAUUAAUUAAAUUCAGUAUGAAUAUUACAAAAAAAUAUACAACAAAUACUACUAAUAAAGACAAAUUUAUAGAAAAUAUAAUGGAAGAUAAAUUUCCAAUAAAUUUUAAUAGAAAUUUUAAUUUUGCUAUAAAUUUAAGUAAAAAUAAUGAUAGUUAUAAUUUAACAAAACUAUAUUGCAAUAUAUGUGAUAAAAAAUUUAGUUCUGUAACAACAUUAAGAGAACAUAUGUUUUUACAUGAUUCUUUAUUUGAAAAUUCACAAUUCACAAAUUCACUAAUGAUACCAUAUUUUAAUAAUCCUCAUAAAAUAAAAAAUCUAUCUAGAAAAAAUACUUAUAUAUCUAGAAAGGAAAAUAAAGUGUUAUUGAAAAUAAAAAUAUUAAAAAAAAUUUUACAAAAGCGAAAUAAAAUACACGAGAAAACAACUUACCAAAUUCCUAAUAAGAAUAUAAAUAAAAAAAAUAGAAAAUGGCGUUGUAGUCCAUGUAAAGAAAAUUUUGCAUUACUUCGAAAUUAUUUACGACAUAAAUAUUAUUGUCAUAAUGAUGAAUCUGUAAUUCAUAUUUGUGAUAAUUGUAAUAAAAUUCUUACUUCAGUUGCAAUGGUAAACAUUCAUAUAUGCACUAAUGUUACUUCUUGGAAUUGUAAAAGAUGUAAUCUUAAUUUUCCUAAUGCCAUAUCUUUAACACAACAUAAUAUGAAUACCCAUUUAGAAACUAUAGGUCCACAUAAAUGUAAGAUAUGUAAAUCAAGUUUUCUUACAUCACAUAUGUUAAUAAAACAUGAAACCAUACAUUCAAUGAAUAAUGAUUCUAGCAAUAAUUUAGGCAACUUUAUAGAUUUUUCUGCAUCUGUAAAAAACUCUUUAUCUCAUACAGUACAUAAUGUUAAUACUGAAUUUAAUGAAAAAGAAUCACAAUCAUUAGAUAAUAAAGAUAUCUUUGCUAUACAUAAUGAUACAUUUUUACAACAAUUAGAUAAAUUGAAUGGAAAACUUUCAAAAUUGAAUAUUACAUCUAAUAUAUUAUAUAAUAAUGAAAAAGUACUUGAUUGUAAAAAUUGUAACAUAUCAUGUGUUACAACAUUACAAAUGAAACUGCAUUUAAAAAAAUGGCACAAAUGGAACAAAUGUGAAAUAUGUAAUAAUUUAUAUCUUACAUAUGAAUUAACAAAACAUUUAAUAUUUCAUCAUAUUGUUUUUGAUUUAUGUUACAAAAAAAACAAUAUUAAUAUUCAAUCAACUCAUGAAAAUAUAAAUUUUCAAAAUGAUAUAAUAGAAAUUCUUGGAAUGAAACGUUUGGUAUCUCUUUACGAAUAUGAAAGAUUUAGUAAUAUAAAAAACAAAUAUUUCAAUUGUAUAAUAUGUUCAAAACAAUUUUCAAAUAUUGAAUAUUAUAAAAUUCAUUAUUUGAAAUAUCAUGAUACAAUAUGUUUAUUAUGUAAUAUAGAAUUUAACUAUAAUUUUGAAGCAUUUGAACAUAAAAUUAAAAUUCAUAAAAAUGUUGAUUUAUAUCUCUGGGUAGUACAAAUAUUAUUAUUAGCUAUUUUACAAUUAAAUAAAUAUGGAAAAACCAUUGAAGAAGUGAUAUUAAAAUGUAGUGAAAGU